AUUUACAAUAUGUCUCCCACCGUCCAAUCCACCAUGACACAACACCCAAACUACCAAACUAUCCUCACACCACAACUUCAAUGCUCUUAUUCUCAAGGGCAUUAUAGUAAUUUCACCCACAAAUCCCAACUCAAAAACCCACCUCCGACUCUUCUUUUCCCAACACCAUUACUCAACACUCAAAUUACCACACUACCCCCCACACUACCCCCCACACUACAACUUCAAUAUACACUUACCCAAAAGGGCAUUAUAGCAAUUUCACCCCAAAAUCCCCAAAUCAAAAACCCACCUCCGACUCUUCCCAACAACCACAGUACACCACCGUCCACUCCACCCAAAUUACCACACUACCCCCAUUCUACAACUUCAAUACACUCAAAAACACCAAAGGGCAUUACAGUAAUUUCACCCCCAAAAUCCCCAACUCAAAAACCCCACCUCCGAUUCUUCUUCUCUUCACCACUUUACUUCCUUACCUCUGCAACUCAACUCCCAAAUUUCCAUGGGCAAAAAGGUAAAAUGGAGCUGGACCUCAGCGGCUCUCGGCGCGGCGUCGGCAGUGGCGGCUACAGCCAUAUUAGCAGCCAAGCCAAAAGACCCACACUUCGACCUCAUCUCAAUCAACUUCACCUCAUUUAAACUCAAUCUUCCAGUUCUCGACGCCGAGUUAAUCCUGACCGUUCAUAUCACAAACCCUAACAUCACACCCAUCCAUUACUCCUCAACAACCAUGUCCAUCUUCUACCAAGGCUCUCUCCUCGGCUCGGCUGAUAUCGAGGCCGGCUCACAAUCUGCUAAGUCAUGUAAGAUGCUUCGGCUUCCGGCUCGGCUCGACGGGCUUCAGCUAGCUCAACACGCUUCUAAGUUCUUGUCUGACGUGGCAAAACGUGAGAUGUUGUUGGAUGCCAGCGUGGAUAUUGGUGGAACGGCUAAGGUUUUGUGGUGGGACCAUAGAUUUAAGGUACACGUGGAUAGUCGGGUUACCGUUGAUCCGGUUUUUCUUGAUGUUAUUGAUCAGGAAAAUAGGUCUGAGCUUGAUGUUUUUGCUUAAUUAAUUAAUGGAAAAUAAAUGUUUGUAUUAAUGGAAAUGAUUUGAGUGAGUUAAUGGAAAUUUAUAAUUAAUUACAACAAUUUUAUAA